GCUGAGGGAUGCCUGUGGAAAAAAAGUAGGAGAAGGUGAAAGAAUUUGAGAAAUGAAACUAGGCAAUAGGUUAAAAUCAGUCUUGCUUUUAAAAUUACUGUGCAUUGUAUUAGCAACUUUUAAAUGCGUAUUGCAAAAAUUGCCCUUUUUUAAAAGCUUUGUAUUGAGAGUCUAAAGGAGUCUUGCAGGGCUAGGAGCUGAUUGUUAAAAAAUAAAAACUAAAGAACCACAGUCUGGAAAAAGAAAAGCUGGAGAUUCCUCUCUGAUCUUUUGCUCUACAGGUGGAUUUACAGGAGCCAGCGAUGGAAACUUGGUCAGUGGAUCAGGUCUGCAGCUGGUUGGUGGAGAAAAACUUAGGAGAACUAGUCCAUAGGUUUCAAGAGGAAGAAGUAAGUGGGGCCGCCCUUCUAGCACUUAAUGAUCGGAUGGUUCAGCAACUGGUAAAGAAAAUCGGGCAUCAGGCAGUUCUGAUGGAUUUAAUUAAAAAAUACAAGCAGAAGGGCCAAGGACUGCAGGGUCCUGGAAGCUGCAGUGACAGAGCCCUGGUCACACAAACAGAAGCAGCCCCACAAGAUGAACAGUCUUCCAGUCUAGCCAGCUGUGAGGAACAGACACCAUCGUUUUACCCAGCUGACAACCUAGAUAAUGGACAAAUCGACCAAAGAGUAUUGAAACAGAGAAGAAAUGUGAAACAUGUUCUAGCCAGGAAUAAACCAUUGCAGUGGACAAACUCCUAUGUCUUACCUGAGUUUCCCUAUGAUGUCAAAUGUAUGUUGGCAGAGCAGAAGUGUCCCGACCACAGCAUGAGAAUAAGGAUGAUCGAGUUCCUCCAGGCUGACAUGACAAAGUAUCUGGAAGGCUCCCUGUACCCUACCACCCAGCAGUACAAUGAUGUGGUCAGUGCCCUGCUGCAAGCCCACCCUUUCCUGGAUGACAGUGGCUGUGGCUUUUUUUCAUGGAAACGAGCUCUCAAAGAUCGCUUUAAGUAUGUUCGAAGGCCUAUAGAAGAUGAUGAACAAGUGCUGAGAAAUAAGUGUAAAUUUGGACACCGACGAGGCCAGACAAGGAAAUCUCUUGAUGAUAUACGAUUUGAUGAAAUUAAAAUCGUGCAGAUAAAAGAAGAAGUUGUUAGUUCGGAUUCUGAAGUAGAUGAACAUAUUAACUGGUUCCAGCAAGAAUACGUGAAAACAGAAAAGGACUGGAGAGAAAUUGACAAGAGGAUGAGCCAGACCUUGGGAAUAAGAAGAAAGAUGAUCAGAAGCGGAACACCUCUGAAGGACAUCCUUAAAAUGUUUCCUUUCCUGAAGUGUCCUUAUCAGAUGUUCAGAGAAAUCCAACUUCUUACAAGAACAGAUAUUUACAAGAAAACAAGGCACAUUUUGGAAUCCUAUUCAGAAAACAUACUGACUUCUCUUUCAGUGGUGGACCAUCCAAUCAGCAUUGCAUUCCAAGAAAAAAUAAAGCAGUGCACAGAUGAAGACAUGCUGAAAUAUAUGAAGAUGAUGGCCACGUGUUUACUCCUCCCAAAUGUUUUUGGGGAUGACCCCAGUCUCUUUGUCAGUGUCAAUGAGAAGGUACAAGUGUCCACGCCUGUGCUGGAAGUUAAAAAUCCUUUCAACAUCAACGCUUGUGAAAUUUCUUUAUAUUUAGACAAAGAGAGGCUCACAAAGGUAGACGACUGUGUCACAGCCGUGGCUGUUCUUGUGGCUGCCUUUUAUGUAUUUGGGAUCGAGUGUCCAAGAAGACUGUCCCAAACCCUAAACUUCCUAGAGACACUGAUUUUUGAUGUCCACAGCCCCCAUUUUCCUUCUUUGAAAGAAAAGGAAAAGGAAGUAGGAUUUCAAUACCCACUUAAUAGUAUGCUACAUACUGUAUCAGAAUUUGCUUCUGGGACACAUGAAACUUUGUAACCAACUGUCUUGAUUUAGUGCUGUGGUAGAGAUAGAUAUUAGAAAAUCAUCCUGUAUCAAAGAUGCUAAUGAAUUUCAAUACCUUUUAUCUUUAGAUACUUAAGUCUGUGAAAUUCUCAUAAAAUAUUACUG